AAUGGAUUACAAAGUCACAGGGAUCUGGAUCUUCAUUUCUUUGCGGCUGAUGGCAGCUUUGCCAGCAUCCCUCUCUCAAUCACCACCCUCCAAUUAUUACUCCCUGUGUGAGCAGCAAUAUGAGUGUGGCGAAUUUCGCGACGUGUACUAUCCUUUCUGGGGGCAAAACCGACCCCGCCAGUGUGGCGGUGAUGACAAACUUCGGCUUUUCUGCGCCAAGGAGAAUGCCAAACACUACGCUUACAUUGAAAUGGGGUCACAACGAUUCAAUGUGGUGACAAUUGAGACCCUAAUUAACUAUUACAGGGUGAAAUUGGUGCCCUUGCUAAUGGAUGACGGAAGACCUGAUGUUUGCUCUAUGGAUUUCAAUUAUUCUCUGAAUUACCUUCCAUUCACCUAUAACCAAACAGUGCACAACAUCACCAUAUUCUAUAAUUGCAGCUACUCCUAUCCGGAUAAUCAUAGCCUAGGGUGCGGUUAUGUUGUGUAUUAUAAUGGUACGGAAAAAGAGGUUCUGGAAAGUCAUCCAGACCUUCAGAAUUGCGUUCAUCGUAUCCAAGUGGCCGCUGAGGCUGUUGCGUUGAACGGUGCUUCUGCUCGGCAUUUCGGUGAAGGUGUGUUGGUGAAGUAUACUUUUUCUCAAGAUUGUAUGAGUUGCUUGAACAGUGGAGGAACCUGCGGGAGCAACAAUACGGAUCAAUUUACCUGCUACUGCCCUCAUGGAUCUAACGCCGUCCAAUGUUCUCUCCCCGUUGAUAAUCGCCCUCCACAAAAGAGACAUCACUGGAGAUGGAUAAUCAUCGGUAUAGGUUCAGGUAUUAUAGCUGUAGUAAUUAUAGUUGCUGGACUAAUGGCUAAUUGUUUUACAUGUAAGUCAUCAAGGAUAAAGAAUAACCAAGAUAUUGAAACCUUCUUAAGAGAUCAAGGAGUCUUAACUCUGAAGAGAUAUAGAUUCUCGGAUGUGAAGAAAAUGACCAAUUCUUUCAAAGAUGAAUUAGGACAAGGUGGUUUUGGUAUUGUAUACAAGGGAAAAUUAUCCAAUGGUUCUGAUGUGGCCGUCAAAAUGUUGAAUCAAUCCAAAGAAAAUGGUGAAGAUUUUAUUAAUGAGGUAGCUAGUAUUAGUAGAACUUCUCAUGUUAAUGUUGUCACCCUUCUUGGAUUUUGCUUAGAAGGUCAUAAGAAAGUUCUAAUCUAUGAGUUUAUGUCUAAUGGUUCCCUUGACAAUUUUAUUUACAAAAAAGAACCUAAAAGUUCUCUAUUCUUGAGUUGGGAUCAUUUGUAUCACAUUUCCAUAGGGAUAGCUAGAGGAUUGGAGUAUUUGCAUAGAGGAUGCAACAUUCGAAUUUUACAUUUUGACAUAAAUCCACGAAAUAUUCUUUUGGAUGAAAACUUUUGUCCUAAGAUAUCAGAUUUCGGGUUAGCAAAGCUUUGUCCUAGAAAAGAAAGUCACAUUUCCAUGUCCAAAACUAGAGGAACAAUAGGGUAUAUAGCUCCAGAAGUGUGGAACAGACAUUUCGGUAGAGUUUCACAUAAAUCUGAUGUUUAUAGUUAUGGAAUGAUGCUUCUAGAAAUGGUAGGAAUGAAGGAGAAGAACAUAAUUGCAGAGACAAAUCAAACAAGCGAGAUGUACUUUCCUGAUUGGAUAUACAAAAGGCUUGAGCAAGGCACUCAACUAGGACCGGAUGAUGAUGGGGAGGUGACCAUAGAGGAAAAUGAUGUUGUUAAGAAAAUGACAGUGGUGGGUUUAUGGUGCAUUCAACCAAUUCCAGAUGAUAGACCAACAAUGAGCAAAGUUGUAGAAAUGUUGGAAGGCAGCAUGAACUCCCUGGAAUUGCCUCCAAGACCCGUUCUGUCUUCUCCGAUAAAAUCGGCCAUAGAAUCUUCUACAAUUGUAUCGGCAUUGGUAGAAUCUUCUUAUAUUGUUAAUUAAUUCAUUGCAUUGUACCCCUAUGUUGUCUAUAUGUACCAAGCACACAUAGAAUAUGUUUUCACUGAUAAGUACUUAAUUCUAUUGCCUUGAGGAGGAAAGAUAUUUUUGAAAAUUCUCUGGUUUCACAUUAAGGUGGUACCUGUAAUUUAUUGUAAGUAUGCAUUGAGGUCAGAGAUUCUAUAAUGUACCUAAUUGAUCAAGAAAUAGUUAAAGGGUCCUGCUAA